GAUGGAGAGCAUAAGCACCCCUUACGACCAGUGCAUCCAGCUGCUCCUCAAGAACAUCCAGCUCGACCCUUACUUCAAGGAGUUCCAUGCCUAUGCCAAGCAAAACAACAUCCCCAUCGUCGUCUUGAGCGGCGGUAUGGAGCCCAUUAUCCGCGCCCUGCUGGGCCACCUGCUGGGCGAGAAGGACGCCAGCGAGCUGCAGAUCGUGAGCAACAACGUCAAGGCCCGGCCUGGGAAGGACAUCAACGAGGAGAGAGGGUGGCAGAUCGAGUUCCAUGAUGACAGCGGCUUUGGGCAUGACAAGUCCCUCGAGAUUCGAAAAUACUCACAGCUGCCCGAGGACCAGAGGCCAUAUCUGUUCUACGCCGGCGAUGGAGUGUCGGAUCUGUCGGCGGCCAAGGAGACGGACCUCAUGUUUGCCAAGGCAGGCAGAGAUCUUGUUACGUACUGUGAGAAGGAGAAGGUGCCCUUUACGACGUUUGAGGACUUCUCGGACAUCCUCUCUGUUGUCAAGGACGUUGUCUCUGGAAAGAUCAGCGUUAAGGAGGCCGCCAACUAAAGUCAGACGGAUUUUAUAGAUGGCCAGGUUGUUGUUGAUUUUUCUUUUCAUGCUGCUUAUCAUAACCCGGAUAGAGUAGACGGACCAGACCUAGAUGAGAGCUAGACAUAUCCAGAAAUAGAGUCAAAUCGCUUGAUAGAUAGAGGAUCAAGGGGAUAGCUCAUAUUAAAUGGAAUCUCAC